AUGGGCGAGAACAGGACUCCAGUUGAUCAUGAUGAGCUCGGCUCCCUGGCUGUUGUGGGCCUUGCCUUCGAAUUCGCCCAAGGAACUACGUCCGCAGACAGCUUCUGGGACAUGAUCUGUGAGGGAAGAUCUGCAAGCAGUGAAUUCCCCACCGACCGAAUGAAUAUUGAAAACUUUUACCACCCCGAUUCCUCGCGACCUGGAACUUUCAAUGUUCGGGGUGGCAACUUUAUUAAGGAACCCUUGGGUGCGUUUGAUGCGCCUUUCUUUGCCAUCACACCCGCGGAAGCAGCAUGCAUGGACCCCCAGCACCGACGGAUGCUAGAGACGGCUUACCACGCACUUGAAAGUGCUGGGAUAACGAUGGAACAAUGCUCUGGAUCUAAAACAUCGGUAUACACGGGGUGCUUCACAAAUGACUACCACAGUAUACUGCAGCAGGAUCCGGAAUUGGAGCAGACACAUGCAGCCGCAGGAAUCUCGCCUGCUAUGCUAGCUAAUCGCAUAAGCUGGUUUUUCAACUUUAAAGGGACAUCGCUGAAUUUAGACUCUGCCUGCUCUAGUAGCCUUUUGGCGCUUCACCUCGCAUGCCAAGAUCUUCGAUCUGGGGGAGCAAAUCUAGUCUUUCACCCCGACUUCAUGAACAUUAUGUCUCUGUUCAAAUUCUUUUCCGCAGACAGUCAAUGUUGGAGUUUUGAUGACCGCGCCAAUGGGUACUCUCGCGGAGAGGGUAUCGCUGUUAUAGUCCUGAAAACUGUUAAGGAGGCCUUGCGUAACGGCGACACAAUUCGGGCGGUGAUUCGGAACACUGCGUCAAACCAAGAUGGUAGAACACCGAGCAUCACGCAGCCUAGUCCUCAAGCGCAGGUCGAUCUGAUCAAGCAGACAUAUGAAGAAGCGCGGAUACCUAUGGGACCCACGCGCUUCUUCGAGGCGCACGGCACCGGUACAGCAGUCGGAGAUCCAAUUGAAGCGAACGCCAUUGGGUAUGCAUUUCGAGACUCUAGAAGUGCAGACGAUCCGGUCUUUGUUGGCGCUGUUAAGGCAAAUAUUGGCCAUCUUGAAGGAGCAAGUGGUUUGGCUGGACUCAUAAAAACGGUCUUGGUUCUAGAGCAUGGCGUGAUACCACCGAUUGCCAAGCUCAAGAGCCUCAAUCUGCAAAUAAACCCGGAUGAGCUACGCCUGCAUUUCCCUACCAAAGCGAUCCCUUGGCCCUCUGUCGGUCUUCGUCGAGCAUGCGUCAACUCGUUUGGAUUCGGAGGGACGAACGCUGUAGCGAUUCUUGAUGAUGCCUACCACUAUCUCAAGCUCAACGGAAUUCGCGGAUUGCAUCAAACUUGCGCUGACCCAUCCCUUUUCUCUUCGGACUCUGUCAACACUGCGAUUACCAACACCUCUCAUAUAGAUUUUAACAGCGAUAACCUAGCUCCGAAGACCGAUAUAAAUAGCUAUCCGCCCGUUAAAGAACGCCCAAGACUUCUUGUUUGGUCCGCCGCUGAUAUAGUGGCUGCUCGGAGUCUGGCGAUCGUUGCCAGAGACUAUGAUAUGGAAGGUCCCUUUGAGCUCGAUGAUCUCGCCUACACUCUAAGCAGAAAAAGAACUCAGUUUCAAUGGAGGCUGUUCCGAGUUCUUUAUCCUGGUAGCUCUGCGCACGUCGAAGGGAGCACAGUUUCUGCGCCUACAAAAGUGCACGCCAAUCACCAGGUGGCAUUUGUUUUCACUGGCCAAGGUUCUGAGUAUUCCUGUAUGGGAAGAGGGCUCUCUCAUUUACCUGUCUUCCGGGACUCGAUUCGGCUCCUGGAGAAAUGCUUGAAAGAAUUGAACUGCCCGUGGAGCCUAUCAUCCAUGUUAGAAAGUGACAUGGAGGAUGUUCCCAUCAACUCGCCAGAAUACAGCCAGGCGCUGACCACGAGUCUUCAAAUGGCGCUGGUAGAUACGCUACGCGCCCUUGGUGUCUUCCCGACUGUCGUCUUAGGUCAUUCAUCCGGCGAGAUAUGUGCUGCUUAUGCUGCUGGAGGGAUUUCUCGCUCUUCGGCCGUGAAAGUAGCCUAUUUUCGUGGCAUGCUGUCGGCGCAGCUGGCUAAACGUAAAGUUGGGCUAUCUAUGAUGGCAGUGGGAAUAUCGAGACAUGAUGUCGCCGAUUAUUUCAGUCGAUUAAAGGAGUUUGACAAUACACUUCGCGUUGGGAUUGCGUGCGUCAACAGCCCUAGAAGUAUCACUCUUAGUGGGGAGACGAGGCAAUUGAAGAUCUUGGAGCAAUUGUUCCAAGAAAGCAACGUGUUCGUGCGCCGACUCAAGAUGCCUAUCGCUUAUCACUCGAAUAUGAUGGGCGAAAUUGCAGAUGAAUACCGCGUGGCGAUAGGAGACCUGGAAGCCGGGAACCGUUCUAACAUCAUUCCAAUGGUAUCUUCCGUGAAUGGGGCGAUAAUGACGGGAAAUAUAUUGCAGACUGCAGAUUACUGGGUGAACAAUCUCGUAUCCACGGUUGAGUUUGACGCAGCUCUAUCAAAGGUCUUUUCUUUGACUUUUACAAGACCGGAAAAACCAUCGCGAAACGGCAUGCUGGACAAUUCCAUCUCACAUCUCCUGGAGAUUGGUCCACAUAGCACGCUAAAAGCGCCCAUAAAUGAGAUACUACGCCAAUCAACAAUGGUGGAAAAGCCAAGGUAUAUCUCGCUGCUUGAUCGCAAAGAGGACUCUUUCUUUUCGCUCCUUAGUGCUCUCGGAAGACUCUAUUGUGAGGGAUUUCCCGUCGACGUCCUCGCAGCCAACGCCAUUGGCAGGACGCCUCGCCAAUGCCCUCCCAACAUGGUGAAAUAUCCAUUCAACCACACACAGUCCUACUGGAAGGAGAGUCGCCUCAGUCAGAAUUUUCGGUUCCGUGAAACACCCCGCCACGAUUUACUAGGCACGCGUAGCCUUGACUGGAAUCCACAGCUCGCGCAGUGGCGGAACGUCAUGCGUCUGAGAGAUCUCUCGUGGGCUUCGGACCACCGUAUUGGUGAUGAGAUCGUCCUGCCUGCCGCGGCUAUGGUAGUCAUGGCCGUAGAGGCGCUUCGACAGGUGCUGGGUUCUCCGACCGGCCUAACUGGGAUUCACCUACACGAUGUAGACUUUAUGCACGCGAUGAAGUUUCCACCGGUGCGUCCAGAGAUUGAAACUCAAUUCACCUUGUCCACGGAGUCGCGGAGCCCAGAUAUCUCUACCUGGUGGCAAUUCAGGCUCUUUGCCAUAGAAAACGGCCACUAUAUAGAAUGCUGCCGGGGGUCAGUCCAGGGUGUGCACUUUAAUCAGGAGAACAUGAUAUAUCAUAUUCCUGGCAUGUCUAGGGAAGCAGUGCAGGGCUGGAUGAAUGAUAUCAAUCGCUCUGCUAAGGCGCCGCGAGACCCGUAUGACACAUCAGGCACCGCCGUUCAAUAUGGUCCUUGCUUCCAGAACCUUGAAAAUAUGCGGGUUGGACCUGAAGGCGAAGCGACAGCAAUGUUGAAAAUGGACACCUGGGCCACAAAUACAGAGAGCGAUCAGUGGGCCCAGGAAUAUGCCAUGCACCCCUGUGUUAUAGAUGGACUGGCGCAGGUUAUCUUUCCAACACUGACCGCAUGGCAAUCACUGUCGACGAUGGUUGCAGCUCGCGCUAAUGAUAUAUGGAUUAGUUUCCCUUGCCUGGCAUCCCCCAAACUCGACACUCUGCAAGUGCUAGCAAAGUGCAAAAUGCAAGGCCCGCGCGGAGCAACGGCCGAUCUUCUGGCGACAACUAUCGGAUCCAGUGACCCAGUGCUGUCUAUGCAGGGCCUCCAAACCACAUUAGUUGGCACUGCCUUAGAAAAUGAAGGCCCUCCGCGUGACCUGUGUACAAAGCUAAUCUGGAAGCCUGAUACUGACCUGAUCAAUCAUGAGCAAUUAAGAGACGAAAUGUGCCGCGACAGGCCAAAAGAGCCGGUCGAUACUACACGAAAGUGUGAGCUAUUGGAACUAGCGAUUUUGUGCUUUCUAGAGGAAGCAGUGUCUUUUCUGGAAAGCAACCGGUCCGUGUCAGUGCCGAACUAUCUCCAACAGUAUGUCACAUGGAUGAAACACCAGCUUCAAUUGCGCCACACGGAAGCGUCUCAGGCAGAGGCCAGUCGUCUGCUGUCAGACCUAGAGGCACGAAAAGAACUAGAGUUGCGGGUGCAGACCGCUGGACAAGAUGGUCAGUUCUAUAUGCAAGUCGGUCACAACCUGCUUUCUAUUUUGUCCGGCGACGCUGAAGUGCUGGAUGUUAUGUUUGAGAGCGGCUUGUUCGACCAAUUUUACGAAACUGUGCUUGCAAAUGCCCAUGAUUCACAUCCCAUUUCGGCCUUGGUAGAGCAUCUAUGCUUCAAAAACCCUACUAUGCGCAUUAUUGAAAUCGGCGCUGGGACCGGGGGCCAAACGGUGGGCACCCUUAAGGCCCUUUGCUCAAAUGAUGUCAAGAAAUGUGCCCGAUAUGAUUACACUGAUAUUUCCCGCGCCUUUUUCCCGCGUGCGCGCACAAAGUUUGCCAAGUACGAUGAUAUUUUAGAUUAUUCCGUCUGUGACAUCUCCAAAGAUCCAGUCUCUCAGUCCUUUGAACCAUUUAGCUAUGAUCUUGUUAUUGCAUCUCAUGUUCUCCAUGCUACGCCGAUUCUAGAACAGACAUUACAAAACACCCGUCGACUUCUGAAGCCUGGAGGGAAGCUCAUAUUGCUAGAGACCACCAAUGUUGAUGCCAUUGACGUUGGAUUCGUGUUCGGCCUUCUUCAGAGCUGGUGGGCUCCUCUAGAAAGCGAGCCUCGAUCGCCUCUGAGUCCGUGCAUCACAGUCGAUCAGUGGAACAAGCUUCUGAAGUCAACCGGCUUCUCUGGUGUCGAUAUUGAGGUUCCAGGACAGGAGAAUGCGCGACGGAGGUAUAGCAGUAUCAUGAUAUCUACCGCAGUGCCUGAGCAAGACAGACUUGCUGAGCCCUCGCAUGAUCUUUACCUCGUCCGAAACGGCAACAUUGCAGCCCAGAACGAACUUGUGCAGUCGGUGCAAAAUGAACAGGUCUCAUCAAUAUACACACUAGCAGAAAUGGCCGAUGUCGAAAUUCCGACAUCUACAGUUGUUGUGUUUCUUCUUGAAGUCCGGGAUGUGCUACUAGAUGGGAUCUCGCCCCAGGAUUUCGAAUUGUUGCAGUCAGUACUUUUAAGGACGCACAGUACCCUGUGGAUUACUCAACCAACUGAAGACGAGCAAAUCCCGCGGCAGCAUAUGGUAGAUGGUCUUGCUCGCAGCUUAGGUUCUGAAGACUCGAAUCGAAAGUUGGUGACUCUCGCGCUCAACCAAUCUAAUACCGUACGACGAUCAACAGAAUAUAUCCUGCAGCUUAUUACAAACAUCCAAAGGUCUACUGUUGAAUCCCUUGAGACAAAUUAUGCCGUCAAAAACGAUCUUUUAUGUGUCCCUCGCAUUACAUUAGAUAGGUUGAUGAGCGAAUCUAUUGCUUUGAAUGCUCAGCCGCACGUGAAAGAAAACCAGACACUGGACCCUGACACUCAUGUAUUUCUCAGGGUACGCUCUCCAGGAGGUAUCGACAACUUGGAGUAUGUGGAGGACACGUUGACCCAACUCGACCUUGGGCCAAAUGAGGUGAUUGUACAGGUUAAGGCGUUUGGCCUGACAUUCCGGGAUCAUCUUAUUGCGACCGGAGAGCUCAAUGAAUACGGGCUGGGCACAGAAUGUGCCGGCGUCGUAUUCAAGGCCGGGACUGACGUACAGUUUCAACCGGGAGACCGUGUGUGCGCUAUCGGAUUGUCAAUGGCACGCUCAGUUAUACGUGUAACAGCAGGUGCUAUAGCUCCGAUUCCCUCCCGCGUGUCAUUUGCAACCGCAUCAUCCUUACCCACAGCACUUUGGCUAGCGUAUUACACCUUAUGCACUGUUGCGAGACUAGACGAAAGCGAGACAGUGCUGGUUCACGGAUUUGGCAGCUCGUUUAGUCAGGUCGCAAUCCAACUCGCUGUGAAACUCGGUGCGCGCGUCCUAGUUACUACACGCUCUGUCUCGAAGCGAGAUCUUCUUUGCCAGAAACUGGAUAUUUCCCAGAAUAUCAUCUUUGUCUCCGACGAUUCUUCUACGUGUGGAAGAAUACAUGCGAUAACAAAAGGGCAAGGCGUGGAUGUGGUAGUCGGUUCGCUGUCAGAUAAGAAUACCCCGGAUUACUCGGAAUGGCUCGCUGCCGGUGGUCGUGUUGUUGAUACCAGCUUGAAAAAGAGCGAUAAGGCUUCUAUUCCUCAGCUCAAAAAUCGAGGAGUUAAUUGCUCUUACUCGUCAGUCAAUCUAGCGGAGCUUCUUCGGCACAACCCAGCCUUGGUUUAUCGAAGCUUCCAGCAAGCUGUGAAGCUUUGGUAUCAGCUUAGCCUGAAUUACCCGCUGCCUCUGAACUCUUUCUCCGCAGCCGAAGUGGAUUCUGCUUUGCAGCAUUUCCGAGACAGAGAAAGUGUUGGAAAGCGAGUUAUAGAGCUGACGGACGGGGAGACCAUUGAAGUAACCUGUGCCUCUAGACCUAAGUAUUAUUUUGAGUCCCGUGCCUCUUAUAUCAUAGCUGGGGGACUUGGUGGGCUCGGCCGGAGCUCUGCCAGAUGGAUGGCUAGUAGGGGAGUUCGUCAUCUAAUUCUCCUUUCUCGCUCGGGCCCGAAGACUACUGCUGCCCGGGAGCUCGUCAACGAUCUUAAGUCACAGGGUGUCUCAGUUGUUACGCCUAAAGUUGACAUUAGUGACUUUAAAAGUGUAAAGAAGGUGCUCGAUGAUCUUUCUCAAGCAAUGCCUCCAAUACGAGGUUGUAUUCAAGCAACGCUUGAUUUACGUGAUGGUCUGUUUUCCAAUAUGCAAUACGACGACUGGAUCACGCCCCUUAAGGCCAAAGUGGCCGGUUCCUGGAACCUCCAUAAGGCCCUCCCCUCGGACCUAGACUUCAUGAUUCUCUCAUCAUCCGUCAAUGGCGUCUUUGGCAGCCCGGGCCAGGCCAACUACGCGGCCGGCAACACUUUUAACGACGCACUAGCUGAGCAUAGGCUGCGAAACGGCCAAAAAGCAGUGUCGCUAGACCUUGGCUCAUUAAUCACCGAGGGUGUUGUUGCUGAGAGCCCAGUCAUUAUGGCGUUUGUGCGCCGAUUCGGUCAUCUAAUGGAGAUCACACACGAGGAACUACUUACUAUUUUAGACCACUACUGCAAUCCUGACCUUCCAACUCUCACACCUGACCAGGCGCAGGCCAUUGUAGGGAUCAAAUUGCCAGCGGAAAUGAUCGCGAACGGCUUCGAGCUUCAUCACUUUAUGCGCCGGCCCCUCUUCAGCCAUCUAUUCCGCGUACAGCUUCGCGGGGCUGAAACAGACUCUAGCGCCGGUGCCGGUGCCACUGCCGGGACCAUUGACCGACCGGCUGCGCUGAAGCUGGUGACAUCAAGCAAAGACGCGAUGCAAUUAGUGACCGAAUGGACAUGCACAAAGCUCAGCUUGAUCCUAGGCGUUCCAGUGUCUGAACUUGAUCUUACGAAGCCGGUUCAUACGUACGGUGUCGAUUCUCUAGUCGCGAUCGACCUGAGAAACUGGUUUAAUCGAGAGAUCGGUGCUUCUAUCGAUGUGUUUGAUUUGACGGGGAAUAUGGCCCUUGAGCAAUUGAUUGCAAUGGCGGUCCGCAGGAGCCAGUUCUGCCAAGCAAUUGUCGAUUAA